GCAGCCCAACCAAGUACCAUGUCAACAUUUGGCUUCAUACGCGGAUAGGCCUUUACGCAUUCGCUAAAGCUGCGCCAACCCCAUAUCAUUUCCCACAACUGGCCAGCCUUACCGAAAAUCCGAAACAACAGGUCGAAAACCAUGUCUUCGACCCAAUCACUCAGGCGCCCCAGGCAAAGCGGGUCGAUUUGCAAGAAUCUGCAGCAUCUGGGUUUCAUCUUACUCACCCUUGCUUGCAUUCCACUCUCGACAUCCUUCCUGGUCUUGAACUAUAUUUGCGCAUCGGUGCUAUCACGGAACCUCGUCCGCCGUCAGCCUCGGAAGAUCAAAAGCCGGUCACUUUUCAAGACCGUGCUUUUGACUGGAAUCAACACACCUCAAGGGCUGCGACUGGCGAGAGCCUUUCAUGAAGAUGGCCACAGAGUCAUCGGGGCCGAUUAUGAGCCAGAAGGGGUCCCAAUCCCUGUUCGCCUAUCAAAAGCCUUGAGCAAGUUUCAUCGGUUGUCAUCCGACUCUGGAGAGACAAGAGCUCUAAACUACAUCAAAAGCCUGGCGCAAAUCAUCAAACAAGGACGAGUCGAUAUUUGGAUCAACUGCACAAGCACCAGUGACCCGGGACUCGAAGGCCAGGCGAGAGCUCUCAUCGAGAAGACCACAAAAUGUCGUUGUUUUGCUCUUACAAUGGAUGAUGCCGUCAAUUUCGCGACUCGAGAUACAUUCUUGACAAUGGUCAAAGAUAUGGGUCUGCCUGUUCCAGAAAUCUACCAGGUCGCAUCGCGGGACGAAGUCCAUAACGUCUUGCACAAGUCUCGUGGUCGUCGAAAAUACUUGCUUUACAGCCCAGGUCACCCAGCAGUGACCGUCAGUUCUGUUAGAACAUUGCUUCCCCGGAGGUCGUUGAGUCAAACCUACAAUGCGCUCUCGCUUGUUCCUAUCAACAAAGCAUCCUCCUGGAGACUCGAGCAGAUCACCGACGACCUGCCAAGAUAUUCCACGUUUUCGGUCAUUGUUGAGGGUCUAGUCACAGCUUUCGCUGCUAGUGUUGUAACUCAAGCAGGUUAUUACGAGGCCGCGAAUCCUGAGUCUGCGCUCACCAAGUCAAUGCUGCACUACAUGCAGACUUUUGCAGCCAAGCAAGGGCCUGAUUUCAAUACUCAUCUGGGAGUAGAUUUCUGCGUGGAAGAGCAGGUCACUGACAGAGGAAUCGUGCAAAACAUCCUACCUGUCGAGAUUGCAGUCCAGUCCCAAACCGCUAUGCUUCUAUUCCAAGGGAUGAAAGGCUCCGAUGAGCUAUGUCAGGCUUACUUGUCCUCCACCUCCACCAGAACGAAGAAUGAUGAUGGGAUUCAGUCAGAGUUCUCCUUCAACAAGGAGUCUUUGGAUUCAGAAGUCGUGAUGCCAAGUCGGAACACAUCCGGAGUCUACAGCUUUGGUCAGGAUCUCCUGAGACUCGGGUAUGCACCACUCAUCAGGCUACUCACCCUUCACUCCACCUUUGUCGACGUUUUCAAUCAUUGGAUGUUGCUACUCUGCCACUUGGUCUACUGGCAAGAUGAUGCAUAUGACUUCCAAGAUCCGGUACCAUUCUGGUGGUCUUACCAAGUCUACCUUCCGCUUCGACUGCUGAUGUCUAUCAUAUCCGGCACUAUCCCCGAAGCUGCCCCUUUCAGCAACGGAGUGGUUGGGGUUGCCACAAACUCGGAGACAACCGAGAAGAAGGCAUUGACGUGAAUGCGACGCUUUGCACAUGAUACUGGGCGUUCCCAGUUCCCAAAGCAAUCAUCAUCAUGCUGCGCCCAGCUGGAUAUGUAUACAUUUGACCCUGAGAAACCAAAGGCGGCUAUCGUAGCUGGUUCGUAUACAACAAGUUCAGUACGACUCUCAAAUUGAGCUUUCCAGCUCCCAGAAUCAAUACGGUCGAACUUCAGAGCAUCAUCUCACAGGAGCACGAAAUUCGCGUA